CGGUUCAGACUCUGACGUCAUCAGUGUAAUGCGGAAGUAGCUGUCAGGAUGAGAUGAGCUGUGAGAAAAAAGCCUGUAAAGUGUUUUAAAAAUACUUUAACACAUAAAGAAAACUGAGAGAUAAGCAGCUAUGAAGACCGUGUUUGUUACUGUCGGCACCACGAGCUUCGAUGAGCUCAUUGAAAGCAUCACGAGUCCAGAGACCGUUCAGGCUUUAACGGCUCUUGGAUAUGAGCGUUUGGUCCUUCAGGUUGGUAGAGGGUCUCUUGUUCCAGCUGCUGACAGCUCUCCGCACGUCACACUGGAGGCUUAUCGAUUCAAAGACUCAAUAGCAGAAGACAUCGAGCAGGCCGACCUCGUCAUCAGCCAUGCAGGAGCAGGAAGUUGUUUGGAGUCACUCGGUGCCGGAAAAUCUCUGCUGGUCGUCGUCAAUGACAAACUGAUGAACAACCACCAGCUGGAGAUGGCCAGACAGCUGCACAUGGACUCACACCUGUUGUACUGCACAUGCAGCACCCUGACAGAAACUCUGAGGACGAUGGAUCUCUCCGUUCUUCAGCCCUUUUUGCCCGGACAGCCCAAGAACUUUGCACAUUUCCUCGAUAAAGCCCUCGGUGUUCAGUGAAACUCUAAAUCUACUGGACUGCUUGUUUUCUGUAACAUAAUGAUACUUUUUUUAAUAUGGAGGGAAUUGUUGUAGAUUGCGUCCUUUUAAUUUGAUUGUACAGCAAACUGUUGAACAAUUUAGGGCUUGUUUGACAUUUUGAAUAUUAAAUAAUAAUAUAUUAACA